GUGAUACGCAGUAUAAAGCAUGACUGUCCAUGGUGGUAUAAAUUCACCAUCUGUAACUUAGCCAGCCCCUUUGCAAGUAAAGCUGCCGUAAGUCCGGGCUACAUCACCGUAGCUUUGACUUUCACACCAAUCAUGGCAGAUCAGGCAUUCGUCACCUUGGCCACAAAUGACAACUAUGCUAAAGGAGCCAUGGUUUUGGGGCAGUCCCUGAGGAACCAUAAAACCUCAAAGCAACUGGUGGUCAUGAUUGGACCCUAUGUGUCAGACCCAUCCAGAGCAGUGCUUCGCCAAAUCUAUGAUGAGGUCAGGCUGGUGGAUGUGUUGGAUAGCGGGGACAGGGCACACCUGGCCAUGAUGAAGAGGCCUGACCUGGGUGUCACCUUCACAAAGCUCCACUGCUGGGCUCUCACACACUACUCCAAAUGUGUCUUCAUGGACGCAGACACGCUGGUGGUGUCAAAUGUGGACGAGCUGUUUGAUCGCGAGGAGCUGUCCGCGGCCCCCGACCCAGGCUGGCCCGACUGCUUCAACUCUGGCGUGUUUGUGUUCCGCCCCUCCAAGGAAACCUACGACAAACUUCUUCAGUUCUGCACAGAACACGGCAGCUUUGACGGGGGCGACCAGGGAGUUCUGAAUGCCUUCUUCAGUGACUGGGCAACAACGGACAUCAACAAGCACCUACCCUUCAUCUACAAUCUCAGCAGUGUGGCAAUCUACACUUAUGCGCCAGCAUUCAAGCAGUUUGGUAGUAAUGCUAAGGUGGUCCACUUCCUGGGCAACACCAAGCCAUGGAGCUACACCUUUGACCCCAAAGCACGGAGUGUCCGGGGCGACGUCCAGGAGGCCUCCUCAAACCCCAGCUUCCUGCUGGAGUGGUGGACCGUGUACGCCAGCUCUGUGGUACCCAUGAUGAAUCGGGAGUAUGGGGACCAGCCUUUCCACUCCGGCUGUGAGGAGGAAGAGACGCCUGUGCCCCCACAGCCCUCCUUGUCCUCGCUGGAGAGGAAGCAGAGAUGGGAACAGGGCCAGGCAGACUACAUGGGAAUGGACUCUUUUGAAAAUAUCCAGAAAAAGCUUGAUGCUUUCCUUAAGUGAAGGCAAGGGGAAGAAAUAUUCUUUUUUUUUUUCUAAAUGGUCAUUUUUCAGAUUGGAGUUUGAAAGUAGAGCAUAGAUACAUUCAAACAAUGUAAUUGGGUGAGUGUUUUUUUUGUUUCUUUCACCAGCUAUGCAAUGCUGUCAUGGUACAGUGUGUGGAUUUCACUUUCUCCUUCAGACUGUAAUAGAUUGUGAAACAAGCCGUUAUGGUCAGAUGGUAUUUGUGUUCUUUUUCAUAGGCUCCCUAUCAAAAUGUGAAUAAAUAAAGAUUUCCAAUGUCCAACGUGAGGGGAAAUAUCCUCAUUUCGAUGGCUAAUGGACACUAAUUUAUAACGUGAUUAAAAAUCAUCUUUGGUUUUUGGAAGUCUCUAGUUUAUCAUGGGGGUAAACAUACUGUGUAGCACUGCCUUACAAUGAGGCAUUAACUGCCUGUAUUCUGUGUAAGCGAAAUGUUACUGUGCAACACAGGACACAGUUACUCCAUUUCUGUGCCUAUUUGAUGUUUUUCGGUUCGUAUCAUUUUCCAAUAGUGAAAUCAUAUUUCCUUGUUUUUUUUUUUGCCUUUUUGUUUACAGCUGUCUUUUGCACCUACUGUCCUGUAACUCAUUCUUGAAGUUUGACGCUCCUUAAAAGUGGUGUUCUCUGUGCAUUUCACUACUAGACUCUGAGUGCCUGUUACACUCCACAGAGGUUUACCUCUGAAUGUGUGCCUUUGAGUGUUUUUUCUUUUUUCUUUUUUACUUCAGCCUUUUACACACCCACUGAUGCCUGUGCAAGUUCCCUGUCACCUGCCAAAUAAAAGCUAGAUGAGAUUCUUUAA